UACACCACCACGAAUGCUUUCACACCCACUCUCUCUGCUCACUCCGCCCAGGAACCGUCAGUUUAUAGAAGGAAGCGCUGAGACAUCUGGCUAAGGAUCGCUUUGUGUGCCAGCUGAUCAGAAGUGAAGAUGGCAGAGGGAAAACAAGGUGCCAACAUUGGGGGCAACAUUGGCGCGGGAGCUGGCAUCCUGGCCAAACGCUUUCAGAAAUCAAUGAACCGAGCACAAGAGAAGGUCAAGCAGAAGCUGGGCAAGACCAUGGAGACGAAAGAUGAGCAGUUUGAGGAGUGCUCUUCCAACUUGAACAAGCAACAGACUGAUGGCGUCAGACUCUUUAAGGAUGUUAAAGCGUACUACAAUGCUGUCAAAGUGAUGCAUGAAUCAUCCAAGCGCCUGUCCCAGACUCUUAAAGAUAUCUAUGAACCAGACUGGCAUGGUGUCGAAGAUCUGACUGUCAUUAUUGAGAGUGAGGAUCUCCUGUGGAAUGACUAUGAGGAGAAGCUGAGUGAUCAAGUCGUUCGAACAAUGGAGAAUUACACGGGACAGUUUCAAGAUGUCAAAGAAAGAGUGGCCAAGCGAGGAAGGAAGCUGGUUGAUUAUGAUUCAGCUCGUCAUCAUCUGGAGGCGCUACAAAACUCUAAGAAGAGAGAUGAGGCCAAAACAGGCAAGGCCGAGGAGGAGUUCAGUAAAGCCCAGGAGGUGUUUGAAGAAAUUAACAAGGAGUUAAGAGAGGAGCUGCCUGUCCUCUAUCAAAGCCGUAUAAGCUGCUACGUCACCAUGUUCCAGAACAUCUCAAACCUGCGGGAUGUCUUCUACAAGGAAAUGAGUGUGUUAAAUCACAAUAUUUAUAAUAUGAUGAAGAAGCUUGAGGAUCAGCACUCCACCAAACCCUUCAUCAUCAAAGGCCUGAACAGUUCUAAAUCUAAGAAGAGAAAGUCUGUCACGAUCUCUGCACCCAUCCCCUGUAACACCGCCUUCCCUUCGGAUCAUCCGGGCAUGAGCAAGCUCAGCAUGCCCGACACCCUCACGGACACGCGUUCACACACUUCCUCCAAGAGCACAGGAAGCACAGCAUCUGAAAUAUCAGACUCGGAGUCGAACUCUUUUGACAGUGAGCCCAACACACCCAAACGACAGUCUUUGUGUUCGGAGGGUGAAGGGGUUCGAUCUGUGGGAGCUGCUGAAAACCUGUCAGAAAGUACCACUGAUGAGUCUGUGCAAGCAAACGGCCAGGAACAUCAAGGUUCAGUGGCCACUGAGCACUGUGAAGAGGAGGAAAGUAAAUCACAAGCAUCAUCAGAAGACACCCAUCAUGCAUCUGCAGAUGGAGACAAUGAGGCUAAGCCCUUAUCUGGCGAUGAAGAUAAAACAGCACCUGUCCCAAGUCCUCGAAUACCCAGCUUCUCCAAGAAAAAUGAAGGAGAGAUGGAUCAAAAUACAACGGGAUGCAGCAAGAUGGAGGGAGCAAAGGAAGACGUUAAAGCCCAAAAGACAGAGUAUGAAAAUCCUCCUGGCUUCCUCGAUAAGGCUGUUGCUCUGGAGAAUCAGGACUCAGAUGAAGGUGUGCUUCUGCUGUUUGAAAAGGGAGAUGUGAUCCUUAUAUAUGUCGAUGAAGAAGAAAAGCCGGAGGGCACAGUAUGGGGCGUGAGAGAGCAGGACUGGAUCCAGUACAAGGAUCUAACACUACUCUCUGGCAUUGUCAAGGAGACCAUGAUCGAGCGCAUCUCCUCUGAUUAAGAUGGCAUGUGAACGCGAGGUGCCUUGAGUGCCCGUCUGAGUGCACCCAUGACUGGAUGUCGUAAUAUGAACUUUGUCCGCCCCUUCCACUAGGUAUGAAAUACAGUCUGACUUCUUUAGUAUAUGGUGUCUUUACAAGUUCCUGUCGCAGCCUCAAGCCUUCAUGCAUUUCUUCACAGUUUCAUUUGCAUGAAUGAAGCCAAAUAUUUUGUGUCAGAAAAA